AUGGCCGGCUUGUUCAAGCAGAUUCUACCUGGCAAAGAGCUUCUGAUCGGUCGAGAUCGCUCAAAAUGUCAGGUCUUCAUCGACGACCCUUACGUAUCGGCAAAGCAUCUGCGAGUCUACAGCAUCGUCUACGAUGAUAGCGAUGCAACCGAGAUUGAUACGCUCGUUUAUGCUGAAGACUUAUCUCGACACGGCACGUUUUGGAAUGGCUCCUUCAUAGGACGCGGCAAUGGCGGCUUCCUUCUCAGCCCAGGCGACGUGCUCAAGCUCUCUGCCCAUGUCUCUUUUCUCUUCAAGAACAGCGGUGAAGCGAACGAUGUCUCACAAUUUGAUCUAAUUCAGGAGAACGAGAUGCAAAAGUUUCGCGACUCUUAUAUCGUCACCGAUAGACUUCUCGGCUCUGGUGCUUUCGGAAAAGUGUUCAUGGCAAUAGAGCAGGCCACUCGUACUCAGCUGGCGUGCAAGGUCGUGGACCUGCGGCGUCUACGACCGGCCAGUCGCUUCGGUCGCAAAGAAGAACCACUUCCCGCAAACGAGGUGGAUUGUAGCGACCAGCUACGGAAAGUCAAGAAAUGGGCCGAUCAGCAAAAGAGAGAAAAUAAGCUUGAGGAAAAGCUCAAGAUCUAUUAUCGUGAAGCAGAUAUCCUUGCAUCUAUACGACAUCCCAACAUCAUCGGCCUGGAGAAGGUCUUCGUCACAGACAACACGAUCUACAUGUUCGAAGAUCUCGUUACGGGCGGCGACUUGUUUUCAUAUCUCGAGUCGAAGAACAGCAAGCUGUCAGAGGUGGAAGCAGCCGUGAUUAUCCGUCAAAUUGUCGUUGCGCUCUGCUUCUUACACGAGAAGAACAUCGUCCACAGAGACCUCAAGCCAGAUAACAUUCUCAUGACGAGUCUUUCAACUGGCUGUCGGGUGCUCUUGACCGACUUUGGAGCGGCCAGACGGUUAGACGGUCCGCGACAUCGCAUGCUGUCCAUGGCUGGAACUGAUGAAUAUGCUGCCCCUGAGGUGACUGCCAACGGCUCGACCAAAUCGGGCUACACAAAGGCUGUUGAUCUUUGGUCUUUGGGAUGUGUUGCCGCCAUACUGCUGACUGGAGCUUCAGCAUUCACCGACCCCGAGACCAGGCAACACUCGCCGGCCCUCGCCAAGAAGUGUAGUCUGCACUUCCUUCGACAGUCUACCAUAUGGCAGAACGUCCGUCCUCGACCGAAGGACUUUGUCGAAAGGCUGCUCGUGCUGACAGAUGAUGAUCGGAUGACUGCAACACAAGCUCUUGAGCACGGAUGGUUCUCGAAUGAUCUUCAUAAGACAAAUUUUGAAGAGCUCUACCAGCGGGCGAUCAGGCAUUGGCGGCCCCGGCCAACUCGAGCGGACCUUUUCGAGUUCUCUGGGGCUUACGAUGCCCGGAAGGUGGCUCGCACAGAGGGUGUUUUAGCCCCAAGGAAACCACGCAACCAGGGCCCAAGGCCUGGGCAGAUCGUGGAAUCACACUACAAGCCUUUUCCACGGCAGAUGCACACGUCGAUCUGGCCGAGAAGGCGUCCUUCUGCCUCUUACAUCGCGCCGGAAACCAAGGCUGCAAUUGAAGCAAACUGGCCCUUCCCAAUCAGAACGAUCACUGAGAAGAGCGGCGCGGAUCCCCUGUCAGAGGCGAAGUUGAAGCGGCGGUCGUCGUUCCCGUCUGCAGACCCGCAGCCCUUACACUGCACUUCGACGGCACAACAACUCCCGCCUCCGGCCAAUAGGCUGACUAGCAAACUAUCCAGAGUGACAGUGCCUUUGCGCCUUGCCAAACCCAACAGGUUCUCAAGGAGUGCGAUUGAGACUUCAAGUCCAAGAUCCCAUUCACCUUCGCCUACGACCGAAACAGUCGGUUCUCAUGCUCGUGUUCCCAAGCUUAGAAGGCGUUCUAGUCCGGCAGAAGACAGACAAUUACCAGCACUGCUUGCGACACCUUCAAAGAGACGACGAGACUCCGUUUUCGAUCUAGACGAUGAGAAAGAAAACAGGAUGAGCUUGACAGUCUCUGCGCAUAAGCGCUCGCGGCACGAUGAGGACUACGACGAAACCCUGCCUCACCACGUGUCAGCUUUCGCUGAAGGCGAUCUUGAGUAA